UUUUUUCCACCUGUGAUUGUUGUUCGUAAAUAUUUCCAUUGUCCUUUGAGCUGAGGAAGUGGGUAAACUGUUCAAACUGAAUCAAGACGACGUCGACGCAGGAUGGAGCUCCCCUCACUCUGCCUGAUACUUUCUGCUGCCACACUGAGCAUCCAUCCCGAUAAAUCGCAGUUCUUCCGGUAUGAGGACAUCUCUCUAAACUGUUUGGCGCCAGUAAACUCCAGAGGGUGGACACUGAGGAAAAACGGCUCCUUCAAGACGCCCGAGCCAUGCGAGGGUAGCUGCCGCCUCAAGGAUGUGUACCCAUCGGACACCGGCGUCUACUGGUGUGAGUCGGAGCGGGGGGAGUGCAGCAACACCAUCAGCAUCACAGUGAUCCCCGGCGUUGUGAUCCUGGAGAGUCCUGCACUUCCUGUGGCGGAGGGAGACAACGUGACGCUCCGCUGCUCCUUCAAGGAAAGAUACGACACGCAACCUCUAUCCAACUUCUCCGCCGCGUUCUUCAAAAACGACGUGUUCAUCGGCUCCGAGCCUGCGGGAGAGAUGAUCCUCCCAGCGGUGUCCAAAACUGACGAAGGCUUCUACAAGUGUCAACACCCAACGAAGGGAGAGUCCCCGCAGAGCUGGCUGGCUGUCAGAGAUGCUCCUCCUCCUCCUCCUCCUCUGACGAUACCUCUCCCCUGGCUGCUCUGCUCCGGCCUGCUCUUCCUCUUCUACAAAGUCAUCAUCAUACUGGGUAUCUACAAGCACCGUAGGAGGGCUCGAGCUCGAGCCAAGGCGACAAGAAGAGCGUCCAAUCAUCUCGUACCGGAACGAAGAAUAUAAUUCAUAUGCUGGCAAUAUUAAUCUUUUUGUAUUUAUUUGGUUGUGGUGUAUUAAGAUGCCUACAUGCUUUAUUUAACUCUCCGGUUGUCCUCAGGGUCAAAUUUGACCCAUUUUACAAAAAGUUUCUAUAUCAGAAAUUUGGGUUUCUUUCUAAAAGUGACAAAAAUGUCAAAAAAGACGACCAAAAAGUUUUUUUCAAAUUUAACCCAGAAAAAGAGUGGUGGCCUAGUGGUUUCGAUAAGCGACCCGGUGACCGGCAAGAUAAAAUCUGGGUGGGGAAACUGUGUGAACGUGACAGGUCGUCUUUGCAAAUGAGAAGUCGUUCUCAAUCGACUUACCUGGAUAAAUAUAGUUUAAAAAAAAUUAAAUUGCUUGUUUUAUAAACCAUAAUGUAUACAUCUUCUAAGCCAGAGUUUCUCAAAUGGGGGUACGUGUCCCCCUAGGGGUACUUUGGAGGACUGCAGGGGGUAUGUGAGAUAUUUAACUAAAUGUCUAAUAGUUACGAGGCUGUUGUCCAGAACAUUGUUCCUCUUUAUGGAGACUUUUCCUACCAAAAAUGGGACAUUUGUGUCA